ACAGAAGCGGAACUUUCACCGGAAGCACCGGAGUGGCGCUACGAGACACUGGCACAAAUACACAAAGACGGGUACAGAGACGACUGGAGCAUCGUCCUCCAUCUAUGGAAGAUCUUAUUACAGAUCCAUGCCUCCAUAACGUUUAUCAGAUUAUUAGACUCACACACAGCUGUACUCAGGUUAGACUCGGUUCUGCAUAAGUUGUAUUACCCAAUGUUUUGCGGUUUCUUUUAGGUUAGAAACUAUAUUUAGUUUAGCAACAGAAAAGACAUCUCACUGUAUAACCACUUCUAAACCAAAAGCUCAACUUCUUUUCCGCCGUGUGCCUACUUUUUAUCGCUUGACCCUGUGUUUCAUAAGAGAUGGCUCCAAAGAAAAGGACCAAAUUUAGUAAAACAUUAGCAGUUUCAGGUGAAGCUGACUUUGCUUUGGAUGGGGGUGAUGAAACUAUGCCAUCUGCAAAGGAUGUUGAUAAAACAGCAGGGAGCAGGAGGAAAGUUGUAAGUUCAGUUAAAAGUGGAAGUAAGGACACUGCAGACACUGCCCCUGAGUACAGUCACUGGCUGAUGAAGUCUGAGCCCGAGAGUCGACUUGAGAAUGGCAUUGAUGUAAAGUUUGGGAUUGAAGAUCUAAAAGCUUUGCCUGAUCAAACUGGCUGCUGGGAUGGAGUCCGCAAUUAUCAGGCACGGAAUUUUAUGAGGCAAAUGAAAGAGGGACAGUUGGCUUUCUUCUAUCACAGCAACUGCAAGGAGCCAGGCAUAGCAGGGCUCAUGAAAAUUGUGAAGAAGGCAUAUGUGGACCACACUCAGUUUGAUAAAAAGGAUGUUCACUAUGAUGCAUCAAGCAAACCUGAAAAUCCCAAGUGGAGCAUGGUUGAUGUCCAGUAUCAAAGAAUGAUGAAGCGAUAUCUUCCUUUGUCAGAGCUUAAAAAGUACUAUCAUCAGCACAGUGCAAAAGAAGGACCUCUAAAAAACCUUGCUCUUUUUACACGAGCAAGAUUGUCAGUUCAACCAUUAACUAAAGAAUUUGACUUCAUGCUGAGUUUAGAAGACAAGGACCCAUUGGUAUAGUCCAUAUUGUAUAUAUAUAUAUAUAUAUAUAUAAUUUUUUU